AUCGCGCUGCGGAGGAUGCCCUCCAUCCGCCAGACGCUGCAGGAGAUGGGGGUGAAGGUGUGGGAGGUGUUCCCGGAGCUGCGCCAGGGCAGACGCGGCGCCGGGGCCGGUCCCAGGAACGGGACGGCUCCCACCCUCCUCACCAACUACCUGGACACCCAGUAUUUCGGCGAGAUCAGCAUCGGGACCCCGGCACAGACCUUCAAGGUGGUCUUUGACACGGGCUCAGCCAACCUGUGGGUGCCGUCCUACAAGUGCUCCCCCCUCUACAGCGCCUGUGUCUCCCACAGCCGCUACGACUCCUCCAAGUCCCGGACCUACAUCUCCAACGGCACCGGCUUCGCCAUCCGCUACGGCACCGGCAGCGUCAAGGGCUUCCUGAGCCAGGACAUCGUCAUGGUGUCAGACAUUCCCAUCAUCCAGGUGUUCGCCGAGGCCACGGCGCUCCCCGCCUUCCCCUUCAUCUUCGCCAGGUUUGACGGGGUGCUGGGGAUGGGCUUCCCCAGCCAGGCCAUCGACGGCAUCACCCCCGUCUUCGACAGGAUCCUGGCCCAGCAGAUCCUCAAGGAGGACGUGUUUUCCGUCUACUACAGCCGAGCCUCCAAGAAUGCUCCUCUGAAACCCGGGGGGGAGAUAAUCCUGGGAGGCAGCGACCCAGCCUAUUACACCGGGGACUUCCACUACCUGAACGUCAGCAGGAGCGGCUACUGGCAGAUCAGCAUGAAGGGGGUGUCUGUAGGGGCUGAAAUCCUGUUCUGCAAGGAAGGCUGCUCGGUGGCCGUGGACACAGGGGCCUCCUACAUCACCGGCCCCGCCGGGCCCGUGUCCGUGCUCAUGAAAGCCAUCGGGGCAGCCGAAAUGGCCGAGGGAGAGUACGUGGUGGACUGUGACCAGGUGCCUCAGCUGCCCAACAUCUCCUUCCACCUGGGCGGGAAGGUCUACGCGCUCAGUGGCUCAGCCUACGUCCUGCGGCAAUCCCAGUACGGGGAGGACAUCUGUGUGGUGGCUUUCUCAGGGCUGGACAUCCCACCCCCAGCUGGCCCCCUCUGGAUCCUGGGUGCCAGCUUCAUCGGGCACUACUACACCAAAUUCGACCGGCGCAACAACCGCAUCGGCUUUGCCACGGCCCGCUGACCCCGGGGGGCCGGGAGAGGGUGGGGGGAACCAGCCUGCAGGGCAGGAGAACCACCAGGAGGCAGCGACUUGAAGUGCAAAAGGGAACAGCAGCUCCCUUCCAGCUCAGCCACCUCCUCUCCCUUCGCUCAAGCAACUGCAAGCCUCGCCUUCUCCCACUCCCAAACCCCCGCGCUGCUUCCCGGGAGCCUCUGCUGCCAGGGGAGGGCUGAGCCUGGCACGCAUCUCCCGGGGAGUGUUCAGCCUGGGAGCCCAAGCGGGAUCCUGCGUCCGGAGCUGCUCCUCCAGGGACUGUUAGGGUGAUGUGCAGUAGUACAGCCAGCACACAGGGAACUGCCGCUGGCGUGGAGGGGCUCGCAGGCUGAGCAGGGACCACCUGCUACAGUCCGUGUGAUUCUUUAAUUGGAAGGAAAAUAAUCUGUGUUUUAAUGAUAGUUUUAGCUGGUGUUAAAACUCCUACCCCUCCCCGUGACUUUGGUAUUAAACAACUUCGAGCAAGAGGACGCUGAGGGGAGGUCUGUUCUUGCAGAGGGGAGAGGUCAGGCACCUCUAUGAAGGGAACUGGACAGCAAAUGUUCCCCUGCCAGGACCCACCGCUGCAUUUUUGUCCUUCCAUUUCCUAGGAGUGCAACACCCUCCCAGCCACUGCCACAGCAGCCACCUGUAGGCAAAUCAGGGUUUUUUUCCAACAGCAAACAAGCUCUUUCUGCAGGAGAUGAGAUGCUGUGUGGGCUUCUCAAGCCUCAACCUGCCUUCCCAGGGGGAAAUCAGGACCACUGGUUGCACCCCUAGGGACAGGGACAGGGCUGGACAUGGCUCUUUGGUCUAUGUCCCACCAGGAAGGUGGCUCUGGCUCCGUG